AUGAAAAGAGCUUCAAUCUCGCUUCUCUCCCAUCUAACUCGCCAAAAACCCGAAACACUAACCCCUCUUAUCUCCAGCAACUACAUAUUAUCUGACACCGCAAACAAACCCUUCUCCUCACUUGAUUCACCUACCCCUAAUCUCAAAUCCUGCACAAAAACCAAUGUCCUUAUUAUCAAGCCCCAUCAAUUCCAAGCAAACCCAUCUCGAAAUACUGGCACCCUUGUUGAAGCAACUCCUCAAAUCUCCUCUAGGCAGCAGAAAAUCAAGAAAAAAUCUCAACUUGAAGAGGCUUUUGAGUCUGCAGUGACAAUUGAGGGCAUGCUAAAAGCUUUUAAAGAUAUGGAGGCUUGUUUUGAUGAGAGAGAACUUGGUUUGGCUUUAUUGAAAGUUGGUCUUAAACUUGACCAACAAGGCGAGGACCCUGAAAAGGCUUUAACUUUUGCUACUAGAGCUUUGAAAGUUCUUGAUAUUGGUGAUGAUGAUAAGCCCAAUUUUCUUGUUGCUAUGACUUUACAAUUAAUGGGUUCUAUUAAUUAUAGUUUAAGAAGGUUCAAUGAUAGUUUAGGGUGUUUAAAUAGGGCUAAUAGGAUACUGGGUAGGCUGGAGGAGGAGGGGACUGUUAAUGUUGAGGAUAUUAGACCUGUGUUGCAUGCUGUGCUGCUUGAGUUAGCUAAUGUGAAGACUGCGAUUGGGAGGAGAGAGGAGGCUAUAGAUAAUCUUGAGAAAUGUUUAGAGAUCAAGGAAAUGACUAUGGAGAAAGGCAGUAAAGAAUUGGGUGUGGCAAAUAGGGAACUGGCGGAGGCUUAUGUUGCGGUUUUGAAUUUCAAGGAGGCUUUGUCCUUUGGUUUAAAGGCGUUGGAGAUGCAUAAGAGUGGACUUGGGGAUAAUUCUGUUGAGGUUGCACAUGAUAGGAAGCUUCUCGGGGUCAUUUAUAGUGGGUUGGAGGAACAUGACAAGGCAUUGGAGCAGAAUGCACUGUCACAGAAGGUUUUGAAGAGGUGGGGUCUUAGUUCAGAAUUGCUUCAUGCAGAGAUUGAUGCUGCUAAUAUGCAGAUUGCGUUGGGCAGGCAUGAUGAGGCUAUUAAUACUUUGAAGGGUGUUGUCCAGCAGACAGAGAAAGAUAGCGGGGUUCGAGCAUUAGUGUUUAUUUCUAUGGCAAAGGCUCUAUGUAAUCAAGAUCAGUUUACAGACGCAAAUAAGUUUGCAGACGCAAAAAGGUGUCUGGAGAUUGCCUGUGGAAUACUUGACAAGAAAGGAACAGCUUCUCCAGUUGAAAUCGCUGAGGCAUACUCAGAGAUAGCGAUGCAAUAUGAGACUAUGAAUGAGUUUGAAACGGCAAUUUCAUUGCUAAAGAGAACACUGUCUAUGCUCGAGAAGCUCCCACAAGAACAGCACUCACUAGGAAGCGUUUCUGCUAGAAUUGGGUGGAUACUCUUGCUGACAGGUAAAGUGACUCAGGCAAUUCCUUACUUGGAGAGUGCUGCUGAAAUGUUGAAGGAGAGCUUUGGUCCCAAACAUUUUGGAAUUGGAUAUAUCUACAACAAUUUGGGGGCAGCGUAUUUGGAAUUGGACAGACCACAGUCAGCUGCACAGAUGUUUGCAUUUGCAAAGGACAUCAUGGAUGUAGCUCUUGGUCCUCAUCAUACAGAUUCAAUUGAGGCAUGUCAGAAUCUCUCGAAAGCAUAUGGUGCCAUGGGAAGGUAA